AUGAUCAAUAAGGAUGAUAAAGAUGAUGCCACUCACUACGGAUGGAAUCGAGCCGAUGAGGAGUUGAAGAGUAUCGGAAGUAUGCAUUCAGCGCCACUAAUCCCAGCUCUUACACCAACACCCUAUGAACCCCUUCAAGCCACCACUCUGCCAACAAAUAUUCCUAAAGAUCAUAAAGGAAGGCCAUUGAUUUUAUCACCACAACACUGUGCCCAGGUCAAGAAAUACGCUGACAUGUACAAUGUGAGCGAUGUUUUAUCAUGGGUGAAACAGAAUUGUCAUUUUGCGCAAAUGUUUGUCCCUGAGGCGACAUGUGAAGAAGUGAAUAUAUUAGUGGCCAGCUGUUAUACCAAUCAUUAUCUUCAA